CUUCCACUCCUUCCCCACCACCCCAAAAACAAUAAAAUUAAAACUCUUGCACAUAUCAAUGGCCAAUUGCAAGUUUUUCUCUCUAAUGGGUUUCUUCUUCUUUAUCAUCUUCAUCAUCCAGCUCUCUGAGGUCACUUUCUCAGAGGCACAGAAAUUAGCUCCAGCCAUAUAUGUGUUUGGAGACUCUUUGGUGGAUGUGGGUAACAACAAUUAUCUCAAAAUCUCUCUUUCAAAGGCAAAUUUCCCUCACAAUGGAAUUGACUUUCCUACCAAAAAACCAACAGGAAGGUUCUCCAAUGGAAAAAAUGCUGCAGAUUUUCUCGCUGAGAAAGUGGGCUUACCAACUUCACCACCAUAUCUGUCAUUUAAAUCCAAGUUACACAAGAAUGAUGCAUCUUUUGCCGAUGGGGUUAGCUUUGCCUCAGGAGGAGCUGGAAUUUUUAAUGGCACAGAUGACACUUUUCGUCAGUCAUUACCUUUAGCAAAACAAGUGGAAUACUAUUCGACUGUGUUUGAAGAGCUGGUGAAGCAACUGGGAUCCACCGAAGCACAGAAGCGUCUAUCCAAAUCUUUGUUUGUCAUUGUUAUUGGAAGCAACGACAUCUUUGGCUACUUCGAAAACACCGAUCUUCACAAGAAAUAUACCCUACAACAGUAUGCUGAUUUCAUGGUUGUUACGCUUAAACAACGAUUACAGCAAUUACAUGGUUAUGGUGCACGUAAAUUUGUAGUAGCUGGGGUUGGGCCAAUUGGUUGUUGUCCAGGAGAAAGGUACAAAAGUAAGACAGAGGAAUGCAAAGAAGAUACAAAUGAGUUGUCUGUUAAGUACAAUGAAGCCCUGAAAUCCAUGUUGGAGGAGCUGAAAAUAGAGUUGAAAGACAUCAACUACUCCUACUUUGACACUUAUAGUCUUCUCUUAAAUAUCACUAAAAAUCCAGCGUCUUAUGGCUUUGUAGAGGUCAAAGCUGCUUGUUGCGGUCUUGGAAAUCUUAAUGCCGAGGCUUUUUGCGUUCCAGUUUCAAAAUAUUGCUCCAAUAGAAGAGACCACGUUUUUUGGGAUAAAUACCACCCUACUGAGGCAGCCAGUAGCAUUUUGGUGGAUAAUAUUUUUGAUGGUCCAUCACAGUACUCAUUUCCAUUGAAUGUGAAGCAAUUAAUUGCACCUUGAGCUCGUUUGAUUGUCCAAAUAUUAGAAUUGAAGAGAGGGAAAAAAUAAAAAUAAAAAAAUGAGAAUUUAAUUUUUUUUUCUUUUUUUUUCAGAGGAAAGCGAUAGGGCAACCUUUAUGCUGUAUACAGGUUAAAAUUGUAUACAAUUUCAAUGGUUAAAAAAUUGUACCAAAUUGAUGUUUAAAAUGGAAAGUGAUGUAAUAGCAUUAAAAUGAUUUUAUUA